AUGGCCACUGAGAUACAAACAACUGCUCCGACCGGUACCGGCCAGAGCAAGGAUGUCGCUGAUUACAUCCAUGAUGCUGACUUACCCGACCUGCCGCCGGCGGUACGGACGCUCUUUGAAGAGUACAGCAAAAUCCCAGCUGCCGAAGUGCAGCCCCACGUGCUAGAAUUGCGUGAACGGGCCUGGCAGAUCUUUCCAUACCCUUGUAUUGGACGCCUGCGUUUCCUAGACUUUUCGCUCUCUACCAUGCCCUCGUACGACAAAAUACUUUCCAGCCUUUCCAGCAAAGAAGACCCAAAGACCUUGAUGGAUGUUGGCUGCUGCUUUGGACAGGACCUACGGAAGCUACUCCUUGAUGGCGCACCUGGAUCUCAACUCGUGGGCGUAGAAUUGAAGCCUGAAUUCAUUGACAUGGGAUACGAUCUGUUCAUGGAUCGCAAGACUUAUCAAGGCAAAUUCGUCACGGGCGACUUCUUUGAAGAAACAACUGGAAGUGCUAUGAAGGCCUUGGAUGGUACGAUUGACAUCCUGCACAUUGCUUCGUUCCUGCAUAUUUUCGGGUGGGAUGAGCAGGUCAGGGCAGCAAUGCGAUUGAUGGGAUUCCUGAAGAAUAAACCCGGAACCAUCAUAUUAGGCAGACAGCUCGGUUCCUCAAAGCCUGGGGAAUACCGCCACCCCGCCGGCGUGGCUGGAGUGACUUACUCGCACGACGAAGAGUCAUUCCAAAAGCUAUGGACUGAAAUUGAGAAGAAGACCACGACCAAAUGGAAGAUAGAGGCAAACUUGAAGAAGGUGCCGACGAAGGGUUCUACGUUAGAGCUGCUCUACUUCGAGGCUACGAGGACUGAGUAA